CCUCAAUACAUGGAUUUCGUCACACGAACGGUUUUCUAGCCAAUUACGCACAAUGUGGAAAUGUUCAUGCAACUGCCGGAGGAAGAGUCGCAACUUGGUGGAAUUUCACUCAGGAAUGUGUCCUCUGCGCGCACCUGGAUCUGCCGGAGACAUGCAGAGGCAACAGAUUUUAGCCUGUUUCCACUCUGUUUUAUGAUACUGAGCCGCUGUGUACCUGCGACUUAUUCCUGUGAUGGGGAGAAUCACAUGGAGCUGUGCUGCCGUGAUCCUGCUGGCCGUCAUUUGCUCAUGUCGUGCCGUCACUCUGGAGUCCAUCCACUGGAGUAGCUCCAACGCAGAAUUUAGUCCAGGUCAGGGGGUGGUGCUGUAUCCCCAGAUCGGGGACAAGAUGGACAUUGUGUGUCCCCGGGCAGACGCUUCCUCAGGGGGUAAGGAGGAGUUUUACCGAGUGUACCUGGUCUCUCGAAGUCAGAUGGAGAGCUGCACCAUCGACAAGACGGACACACCCCUGCUGAACUGUGACAAGCCUCACCAGGACGUAAAGUUUACAUUCAAGUUCCAGGAGUUCAGUCCCAACCUGUGGGGUCUGGAGUUCCUCAAGGGGAGGGACUAUUAUAUCACCUCCACCUCUACAGGCUCCCUGCGAGGUCUGGAUAACACUAAUGGAGGGGUGUGUAGAACCAAAUCCAUGAAGCUGGUGCUGAGAGUCGGCCAAAGCUCUUCAGAUCCACCUUCAACACUCCAGGAGUCCCCCACCAGAUUCCCACCCACACGGCCAAAGUCUAAGGCCAAGGACCCCUCAGCGAAAGAAAAGGAUAUAACAAGCAAAACUGACUCGGGCUCAGAAACGGGACAAACAAACCCAAGUGGCAGCAGUGGCUCUGAGCCAGGACUGUUCAUGUGGGUUGUUUCUGGUUGUGUGAUCCUCAUUUUGGUCAUCAUAAUUCUGCUGGCCGUGCUGUGGAGGUACCAUCGCAACUACUGUGUCCCAGAUAGCCAGCAGUCUGCCUCUGUGUCCCUCAACACUUUGGCUGUGCCGAAGCGGGACAGCAUCAGCAGCGACAACAAUGGCUCAGACCGCAGCGAUGUUGUCUUUCCUCUGCGGGCUUCUGACAGCAUGAUCUGUCGUCAUUAUGAGCGUGUGAGCAGUGACUACGGGCCCCCUGUGUACAUAGUUCAGGAGAUAGCGCCCCAGAGUCCCACCAACAUCUACUACAAAGUCUAAUGUUUGCUGCUCCAAAAUAUUAGCUGUCGGGGACACACUAAGGCUGCAGUCAGUGACACACUUCCAUAGCUUUGGUUUUAAAAUUUGAAGUGGAUGUGAAGAAAUUUCAGAUGGGGGAGCUUAUCUGAGAGCUGCAUCGCACUGACCGUAGACUUUAGAAAGACAAAUGCUGGUGUUAUUGUUGUAUCAAACUGAAAGAAGUGCACAGAAUGUUGUUGAACCACUUUGUUUUCUUGAUAUAUUGAGGAGACAGUCAGAGAGGAAACAGAUGUGUCGUAACAUCAAGUUGUGUUCAGUUUGUUCAGAAGUGUGCAGAAAAUACCAGUGGUGGAUUGUAACUAAGUACAUUUAUUGUGACAUGUUUGUACUUCCACUCCACUACAUUUCAGAGAGAACUAUUGUAUUUUUUUGUACUCUACAUUUAACAACCCGAUAGUGUAUAACAUUUGAGCUUGAACAGUUAGUUGAUUAGUCAUUAGAUUAACUAAAAAGUUUAUAGGCGACUAAUUUGAAACGGAUUAAUUGUUUUUAAAGUAUAGAAAUGCCCAAAACAUUUCAUGGUUUCAGAUUAUUAUAUGUGAUGAUUUGCUGCUUUUCCUCAUCUUUAAUUGCAGUUAACUGAAUCAUUUUGAGGUUUGAACUAUUGGUUGGACAAAACAAACCAUGUGAAGACUUCACUUCUACAAACCAAACAAUUAACAGAUUGAUCAAGACAAUGAUCAGGAGAUUAAUCCAUAAUGAAAAUAGUCAUUAGUUUUUACUCAUGUACAGAAAUGUUUCUCGGCAUUGAGUUCUCUUACUUUUUACUUUUGAUACUCUAAGUACAUUUUCCUGAUAAUAAAUCUCACUGCCACUGCACAGCUACAUAUGUACAGUAAAUGUGCGUGUUAUUUAAUUUAUUAAUAAAUAUGAAAAAAUAUUGAUAGUGCACUUCAACACAGUACAUUUGUGAACACUUAAAUAUGAAUUUAUCACAACUGAAUGGUGUAAACUUUAUUUGAGAUGCUGUUCAGUGAAAUGAAAAUCACGAUUUUGUGGCUUUUAUUUUUCCACACCAUUCCACACUUUAUCUUCCUGUUCCAGGGUGCUUUUAUUUAUACAUUUAAUAUUGUGUCUCUAUCUGUUUAAACAUAAUACUUUUUAACCAGUGUUCAAUAUACAGUCAGGGGGAUGUGCUUAAAAACUGAAUUACCCAACAUGGAAUGUUUUGUUACUUGUUAAAAGUGUGAAAGUUUAAAAAGACCUUGUCAGUCAUCUCUUCUUUAGUGUCUUUCUUCUCUGCUUUCCAAAACCAACAAGACCAAAUGUGAGAGUGAGGGACACAGAAGAAGAAAAUGAAUAGAAUAAAUUGGUGAAAUGAAAGUUUGAAUCACAAUAGACUGCUGAUAAAUCACAGCAAACGCUCCCUCAGGUUUCCUUGAGGUUGCAAAAAUGACUAAGUAGCACCACUGUAUGGUUG